UGCAUUUGCUCCUCCGAUCCUUAGUUAGUUGAAGAAUGGUGCCAGAUUUCUUCAUCACUUUCACGACCUACUUCAGCUGUGCCAUUAUCAUCGCCUUUGACAAACUUCGUCAUAUCUGCUCUCAUUUUACUAAUCUUCAGGACUGUUUUGAACGGCCAAUAUGUAGUUCUCCAGAUGCUUGGUUUGAUGUGGUGAAGCGUGUGACCGAUGAUAACAACAAGAUACAAAAGCGGACGAAAAAUGUGUCUAGGUGCCUCAACUUGGGAUCAUAUAAUUAUCUUGGUUUUGCUGCAUUUGAUGAAUAUUGUUCUCCUCGGACAAUUGAGUGUUUGAAAAAAUUUUCCGCAAGCACUUGUAGUAGCCGAGUUGAUGGAGGAACCACAAUAAUACAUACUGAAUUAGAGGAGCAUGUGGCUAAAUUUGUUGGAAAACCAGCUGCUAUUGUUUUUGGCAUGGGUUACGUAACAAACUCAGCUGUGCUUCCUGUCUUGAUAGGAGAGGGAGGUUUGAUUAUUAGUGAUUCUCUAAAUCACAGCUCUAUUGUCAAUGGAGCUAGAGGAUCUGGAGCGACUAUUCGUGUUUUUCAACAUAAUAAACCAUCGCAUUUGGAGAGAGUUUUACGAGAGAACAUUGCUGAGGGACAGCCCCGAAAUCAUAGACGGUGGACUAAGAUAAUUGUUGUGGUGGAAGGCAUAUAUAGCAUGGAGGGGGAGCUUUGCAAGCUUUCAGAGAUUGUUGCCAUAUGCAAGAAGUACAAGGCAUAUGUAUAUGUGGACGAGGCUCACAGCAUUGGAGCAGUUGGUAAAACAGGAAAGGGGGUAUGUGAGCUAUUGGGAAUUGAUACUGCAAAUGUCGAUAUUAUGAUGGGAACUUUCACUAAGGCAUUUGGAUCCUGUGGGGGUUAUAUUGCAGGAUCCAAGGAAGUCAUUGAAUAUUUGAAGUAUACUUGUCCUGCGCAUGUAUAUGCAAUAUCCAUAUCACCUCCAGCUGCUCAACAAAUCAUUUCUGCUAUUAAGGUUUUGCUUGGUGAAGAUGGUUCAAAAAGAGGAGCUCAAAAAAUAGCACGCCUACGUGAAAAUAGCAACUUCUUCCGGUCUGAACUGCAGAAGAUGGGGUUUGAUGUUCUGGGUGACUAUGAUUCACCUGUGAUGCCCAUAAUGCUCUAUAAUAUUGCAAAAUUACCGGCUUUUUCACGAGAGUGUCUGAAACAGAAUGUAGCCGUUGUGGUAGUUGCUUUUCCAGCCACCCCUUUACUUUUGGCCAGAGCACGCAUAUGUAUUUCUGCUGCCCACUCAAAGGAAGAUCUAAUCAAAGCAUUGGAGGUUAUCAGCAGAGUUGGUGAUUUAUUGGGUAUAAAAUACUUGUCUACUACCCAGUGGAGAUUAAAACAUUAGGUGAUUCAUUUCAUCUGUUCUAACUUUGGUGGACAAAAUUACUUGGUACCUCGUUCUGCUGACGGAAGUGAAUAGUGAUAGCUCCAUACCUGGAGGUUAAACUUCACAGUAAGAGAAGAGAGGAAGAAGAAAGGAUCACAUUGAUUGAAUCGUCAUACUUGUCACAUUGAAUCUAUAAACAUUAUGUAUUUAUGUUAGUCAAUAUGACUCAGGAACCAACUAAUGCCAACUACACAUAUUUCUAACUAACUAUAUCUCAUUAGUUAACUAACUCAA